AUCCCUCUGUAGUCACACCUUAGAAUACGCCAAAGACAUCCGAAGGUAGGUGAAACCAGAGUACCGCGGCCCGACAUGCCACCUCACAUGGAGUACUUUUACCACGAGUCCCGGGUCCCUUCCGCUUGCAUGCUGACACGGGAUGAUGAGCUGGAGGAGCCCGGCGUCAUCAGCUGCAUGCUGGUGGGCGACGGCGCUGUGGGUAAGACCAGUAUGAUCGUCAGCUACACCUCCAACGGAUACCCGGUGGACUACAAACAGACUGGCUUUGACGUUUUCUCCGGUCAGGUCCAAGUGGACGGAUCCCCAGUCAGAGUGCAGUUGGUGGACACUGCAGGACAGGAGGAGUUUGAUGAGUUCCGAUCACUGUCCUACUCGCACACAGAUGUAUUCCUGUUGUGCUUCAGCAUGGUCAACCCCGCCUCCUUCCACAACAUCACCAAGAAAUGGGUGCCCGAGAUCCGCGCCUGCAACCCCACCUCGCCCAUCGUCCUGGUGGGCACGCAGUCGGACCUGCUGCUGGAUGUCAACGUACUCAUUGGCUUGGACCGCGCCAGUGUCAAGCCCGUGGCAAGCUCUCGGGCGCAAGCCAUGGCAGAGAAGAUCCGGGCGGUGGAUUACGUGGAGUGCUCGUCACUCACGCAAAAGAACUUAAAGGAGGCGUUCGACGCCGCCAUCUUCGCCGCUAUCGAGAACAAAGCACGGCAGGCCAAGAAAAGGCGGUCGUCGGACAGGCGCACCAAAGCCUUUUCCAGGUGCAGCUGGAAGAAGUUCUUCUGCUUUAUCUGAGCCGCCCGGUAGUCUCGACCCUCUUAAUUUAUAUGCAGCUUUGGGCUGCGGAAAAUUCUCUGUGAAAGUGAAUUCCGGGAAAAGCAUCAGGAGAAGUUUCUGGAACUCUACCGAGCGAGGACUGUAGUAUUUUUUACCACUGCUAUAGCCCGGAAUAUGUAGCUUCAUGAGCCACUACGCUGCUAAAGGUUCUUCUGGUUUACCUCAGGGCCGGCCCAGGCCAUUUGGGGGCCCUAAGCAAAAUAAUGCCAAGGGGCCCAUAUUUUUGGCCAACCAUUUCGUCACAGUGUACUGUGAAACCCAAACAUGCAAUCCAACCUAUAUGUCCAUAUUUUGUAUACUAAUCAGAUUUUGUUGCACUGCAUUCUUAAAACUUCUCACCCCAAAUGAUUGUCAGUACUUACAGUAGAUAAUGCCAAACCUUUUUCUAAAAGAGGAAAGAAAGAAGUUGAGGAAGAACUUUUAUUUUUUAAGCUUGUAAUCAAGUAUCAAAACUCACAAAAGUCAAAUAAAGCAAACUGUAGUAAACAAAAUAGAAUAUAAAACAAUUGCCAGAUUGCCCCCUAUCUGGGCCCCCUAGUGGUCAGGGGCCCUAAGCAGCUGCAUAGUCUGCGUAUAGGCUGGGCCGUCCCUGGUUUACCUGUUACAUUGUAGAAUGUGUAAAUACCUUACUGCAUAUUUUUGAUAUCCUUGAUAUCAAGCUUGUGGUUCAUGAACUAGUACUGUUCAUCCUCACCUGGAGGACAAUUCAGUACAAUUUGGUGACAUAAAAUUCUACUAGGUGUUAGUAGUACACAAAAUAUUAUACAGUUGUGGAAAAACAUGACGAGCAAGACAGUAAGUCGACAAAUGCGCUGUAUUUCUUCUUCUAGUGAGUUGAAACGCCCCAUAGUCACUAACAGAGAAGGAAUUCAUAAUUGCAGUAAAUGUUUACGUGGUUAAAAAAAAACAGCGACGUAUUGUAAAGUAUGAAAUGAUUCUAUGAAAAACAGUUAAAUACAGCAUGAUCUGAAAUCACCUUCUUACAUGGCUACAUAUUCUUACGCUGCAAUGUAUGUAGGGCACCAUCAUAAAAAACAAGAAUGCCUUUAUCAGAUGUCCUCACUCCAUGUAAACGGACAGACUGUUCGGCUAUUUUGUUGAACAGGAACAUCAUGCAAAUUACAUUUGCAUGCUCGAAUGUGAGCAUAGUGAAAAAGAGAGGAGCCUAGUUUCAGCCUAGUUUUUGUAACAUUUAAGCCAAGUUGCGGUGCAACACUUAAGGUGCCACAUUCUUGCCUUAGUGCUAAAGGACGCUGCCCUGACUGGUUUUUUUGUGCGUCAAUUACACGACAGGGAAGUUUUGCAAUGUUGCAAAUAGGAACAUAUGUACUAUCACUUUGACUCAGGUGCACAAUGGAAGAAUAAACAAGUUACAGGAGAGAAGUCAGUCUCUUAGAUGACUAUCAGUCUAGAAAGAUCCUCUCGACUGUAAAAAUCAAAUUUGUUCCGGGCCACUAUAAAGUUAUGGUUUUGGUCGAAGGGCCUUCAUGAAUGGGAAAAAAAUAUGAAUUAUUCAUCACCUCAAAACAUGAUUUUAUGCAUACAAUUACAGAAAAUACAGAGGUAUGAAAAAGUGUCAGAACCUUUUGGAAUUUCUCACAUUUCUGCAUAAAAUCAACAAAUGUGAGCUGAUCUUUGUCAAAAUCACACAGAUGAAAAAACUGUCUUCUUUAACUUAAAACCACCCAAACAUUUAUAGGUUUUCAUAUUUUAAUGAGGAUUGUAUGCAAACAAUGACAGAACGGAGAAAAUAAGUAAGUGAACCAACAAAUUUAAUAUUUUGCAGCAAUAACUUCAACCAGACGCUUCUUGAAGCUGCAGAUCAGUUUGGCACAUCGAUCAGGACAAAUUUUGGCCCAUUCUUCUCUACAAAACUGCUGUAGUUCAGUCACAUUCCUGGGAUGUCCAGCAUGAAUCGCUGUUUUUAGGUCAUGCCACAGUAUCUCAAUAGGGUUCUCAGUCUGGACUUUGACUUGGCCGCUUCAGAACGUGUAUUUUGUUCUUCUGAAACCAUUCUGAAGUUGGUUUAAUCCAUCCUCUUUUUAGCUUCAACUGUCUAACAGACGGCCUCAGGUUUUCCUGCAAAACAUCCUGAUAAACUUUUGAAUUCAUUCUUCCAUUAAUGAUUGCAAGUUGUCCAGGCCCUGAAGUAGCAAACAGCCCCAAAUCGUGAUGCUCCCUUCACCGUGCUUCACGGUGGGGAUAAGAUGUUGAUGUUGGUGAGCUGUUCCAUUUUUCCUCCACACAUGAUGUUGUGUGUUACUCUCAAACAAUUCAACUUUGGUUUCAUCAGUCCACAAAAUAUUUUGCCGGAACUUCUGUGGAAUGUCCAAGUGCCUUUUUGCGAACAUUAAAAGAGCAACAAUGUUUUUUUUUUUUUUUAAGACAGCAGUGGCUUCCUCCGUGGAGUCCUCCCAUGAACACCAUUCUUGGCCAUAGUUUUACAUAUUGUUGAUGUGUGCACAGAGAUAUUGGACUGCACCAGUGAUUUCUGCAAGUCUUUAGCAGACACUCCAGGGUUCUUAUUUACCUCUCUGAGUAUUCUGCGCUAAACUCAUGGCAUCAUCUUUGUUGGACGGCCACUCCUUGGGUGAGAAGCAACAGUGCCAGACUCUCUCUAUUUGUAGAAAACUUCUCUAACUGUUGAUUGAUGAACAUCCAGACUUUUAGAGAUGGUUUUGUAUCCUUUCCCAACUUUAUACAAACCAAGAAUCCUUUCAUUUCUUACCAGUUGUGUGUUUUAUAGUGGGCAGGGCAGCUUUAAACCACUCAUCAGUGAUUGGGCACACACCUGACUUAAAUUGUUUGGUAUAAAUUGGUUUCGAUUGCUAUCCUCAUUAAAAUAUGAAAACCUAUGAAUGUUUGGGUGGUUUUAGUCAAAGCAGACACUGUAUUUUCAUCUGUGCGAUUUUGACAAAGAUCAGAUCACGCUUGAUGGUGAGAUGUGAGAAAUGUGAGAAAUUCCAAAAGGCUCAGAUACUUUUUCAUACUUUGUGUGGAAAACAAUUGUAGGCUAUUAAUACAAAACAAUCCCAUCCAAAAUUGUGCAAAUUACUUCACUUUGUGCCAUUCAAAACAUCAUAAAGAAAACUUUGCAAGAAAUACAAACUGACAUAAAAAAAAGUGCUAUCUAUUUGAUCUGGCAAGGCAUGGACCUACUUCUCAUAGAAAUAAGUCAUAUUUUGCACUGCAUUCUAAUACUAAUAAUCGUACGUGUAUAUAAUAGUGCUCAAAAUUGAAUGUUUAUUAUGCUUCUUGUAGAAGUGGAUUUCAUGAAUUGUGUUCAAACAAUUGUUGACAAUUGAGAUUUAAAUGCAAACUUUUUAUUGUAUCACUUAUGUGCUAUCGUGCCUCACUCUCCUUUAACCCAUGUGUCUUUAUUUACAUGUCCGAGCAACUUGACGGAAAUAAAUGAAGUGCAAAUUA